UCAGGUGCCAUCAGAAUAGACAUGUAUUUUGGGUCCAAACAAUGGAAUUAUCUUCUCAGUUAGAAUGCAUUUUCUUUGUGUCUGGUUCCAUUUGGCCUUCUUUUCAGCCUUCGAUGCAUAUCACUUUUUCUGACAGUGUCUUAUAGGGCCCUUGGAUGUUUAUUCUGAUGAAAAAAUCCAUAUUCAUGAGUGACAUCGUGAUGUCAGCUGAGACAACAGCCUUGUGGGAAGCAUUUUUUUAUUAUGCAAUUAUGCUACAGGUGUUUCAAACUAAAUGCCUUUAUGAAAAAACAAGUACAGGUAACAAUGCACAACGUGCUGUUGAAAUCCACAGUUUUCGCAGAAAAUCCAAGAACUAGUGGCAUUACUGGCUCAGUACCUUGAUUAGCAUAACAGUAUCAGCCUUCCACAGGGAAUAAUUAGACAUUUACGCGUAGCUACAUUUACAUGUACAUGCGGAUGGCAUUUUUUCCCAGCUGAAAAUACUGACUUCUGAAAAAUGACAAGAUACAUCCACCACAGCCCUUUACAAAGUUGACCCUUGAUGGUCAUUUGUCCAAACUUUGGGUGACAUUUCUCACAGUAUCAUCUCUUGUUUAUUAAAGUUUGUGACAGUGUUGUGGAGUGGUAUUUGGCGCAAUGCCAGACUGUGGCAUGUGCGUGCUUGAGGGCUCCACAUGCUCAUCAACUCCCACAGACUAGUUUGAGCAUAGAGGAAGGACACAGAAGGAGUUUGAACUGGUGAAAAUUGCACGAUAUCAGAAUACAUGUAGAUUUGUUAAAGCCUCAGUGCUAUUCAGCAGAUGUGCUUCGACACUGAAUACAAGGGGAAGGUCACAAUUGUGCAUAUUGAUAUGCAGUAUACAUACCAUAUGAUGUUCACAGGUGUGCUUGUAGCAUUGUACGUGGAUUUUAAUGGCAUUUUAAAGGAUAUAGUAGAAAUGACAUUGAUUGUUUUAAUUAAUGAAUUCUCUGUUUGUACAGGAUAGAAUAAUUAACACGUUUUGUCUACAGACUGCUGUUAACAAUUUGUCCAAGGACCUUUGCUUACUUGCUUCAUCCUACUUAGCGCAGUGUGCCUCAUGGUAUAAGUGGUGGUAUUGUUUUACUGUAGAGGUGUGGAUAUUUAUAUAUUUGUACACAGAAUGCUCAAAAAAACUGAAGGUGGUGCCAGCAGACUGUACAGCUUGCAUUUUGUGAGAACAGGUGGAUAGCUCAGUAGAGACGUACACGUGUACAUGUAAGUGGCAUGUAAUGUGGGAAUGAAGCCAGGCAAACACAACCCACCAGCUCAAUUUAGUGCAGCCUCAUUGCAUUUUAUUGGUGGAAGGAAUGAUUGAAAGAAUUUUUGUGGACAUGAGCAUUGUGCUUUUAAGGAUGUCAUGUACAUGUACAUGCACAGUCGACAGCAUUGAUUUCUGGACACUGUCAAGUGAGAUUUUCCUUUCCAGGCCUCUGUGAUUUCAUUGGAUCUGUGUAAACCUGUGCAGUCGGAUGCACCCCUUUGGAGCAAGUUGUUGUGAAGUGGCCAAGUACUUCCAAGACUGGUGGAGAAGUUUUGAAAUUCUUCAUUUUUGAAAGUAUUGCUUCUUUAUAACUGCAAGCCCAUUGAAGGUAGAGGCAUCCGUCAUAGUGCCUUUGCUGUCUGCAUCAAAUCUGGAAAGUGAAUAGAGAGUGUUGAAGUUUGUGCAUACUGGAUUAAAAUGGCCGACAAGACAGAAACCACCAAGACACCAGGGCCAUCCAAUUCUACACCGCUGUUGCCAGAUUCGCCACAGAGCCCGACCUCCAUGGAGUACGCGUAUAUUGGCAAUAUUCAUGUUCCUCCUGCAGAUGAAGAAUACACACUGGAAGAUGCCAUUGAACAGAUCGGCUUUGGUCGCUUCCAGAUCAAGAUUUCUGUACUUACAGGCCUGUGUUGGAUGGCAGACGCGUUUGAGAUCAUGUUAUUGAGCAUCCUAGCCCCAGAUCUCCUGUGCCGUUGGCAUCUCUCACGAUGGGAGGAGGCCUUUAUCACCACUGUGGUUUUCAUCGGUUACCUGAUCAGCUCGCCUCUCUGGGGCAAAUUCUGCGACAAGUUUGGCCGGAGAAAAGGCCUGAUAUUUUGUUCCGUCACUAUCCUGUAUUAUGGUUUGCUCAGUGCAGCAACACCCAACUACAUCUGGCUACUCAUCAUGCGAGGCCUGGUGGGUUUUGGAAUUGGAGGAGCCUCACAGUCCGUGACUUUGUAUUCAGAGUUUCUUCCUGGCAAGAUCAGAGGUUUUUGUAUCGUCUUCCUUGAGAUUUUCUGGGUGUUAGGUGUUGUUUUUGAGGUACUGCUAGGAUUGAUUGUCAUGCCAACGUUGGGAUGGCGCUAUCUCCUUCUGUUCUCUGCAUUCCCAUUGGCUGUAUUUGUGAUUUCAUGUAAGUUUUUUCCUGAAAGUGCAUAUUACUAUCUUGCUUGUGGUGAACGGGAGAAGGCAACUGACAUCCUGAAGAAAGUGGCCAACGGAAAUGGCAAACCCAUGCCUCAAGGCCGGCUAAAAAUGGAUGAAACAACGAGUCAGCGAGGGCGCUUUGCUGACCUCUUUGCGACAAGGCAAACAGGAAUCACAACACUCUUACUCACUUUCAUAUGGUUUGUGAACGCCUUUGCCUAUUAUGGUAUCGUCUUACUGUCCACAGAACUGUUGUCAGAUAAUGGCAGAUGCGAGGAAAACGCUGAUGUCGUUGAAGCAACAGAGACAUGUUUUGACGACUGUGUAACACUCAAAACAAGUGACUAUGGAUCGCUGUUGAUAACUACAUUUGCUGAGUUCCCAGGGAUUCUAAUUACCCUGCUCGCGAUUGAAUUCUUGGGUCGUAAGAAGACCAUGGCGGUCCAAUUCCUGGUUUGCUCCGUGUUCAUAUUUCUUCUGAGUAUCUGCACAUCCAGGACAGGCUUGACGGUCAUUUUGUUUGCGGCACGAGCUCUUAUUUCUGGUGCAUUCCAAUCUCUCUAUGUCUACACACCAGAGGUAUAUCCCACCCACGUCCGUGCAAUAGGUCUUGGGUCAUGCAGCUCAGCCGCGCGGAUAGGAGCCAUCACGACACCGUUUAUUGCCCAGGUGAGAAAACAACUCUGUAAUUUAUCACAUGGGAGUGAUAGAAAGCACUUGAGACCUUGUCGGAGGAAUGGGGAUUUUGUUCUUGGUCAACAUGGUCAAAGGAGUGUUAUCAAAGCAUAUACAUGUAGUACUUCCAGUACGCUUGUAACUGCAUUGCCGUAGAAAAGGAUCACAGAUGUAAAAGCCCUCUUGGGUGAUUUAAACUCAUGUACUCGAUGCCACUGUAGUGCAUCACAAGGAGAGACGGCCAACAGAAUAACAGCAUAGGCAACUAGCCUUAACCAACAUUAUGAAUUAAUAUGCCCUUGUUUCUAACCCAUGCAUAAAUUCACAGGAUUUUUGAGGGUAUUUUUUUCAUAUAUGCAGCCUGGAUUGUGGACUUGAUAUGCAAAUAAAUUUUAAAAAAAUAUAAAAGGGUGAUAUAAGUUUUGCUACUAUUGUGAAAUGGGCUGCUCAAAGUUGAGAAGAUGAAAUUUCUUGUGGAUUCCAAGUUUUGUUACUUCGUCAGAAAUACAUGUACUGAAACAUCUUUGAUCACUAAACUGUCAGUUUUAUGAAAACAAUGUUUGAAGGAAGCAUUUCAAGUGAGUCCUCCAAGCCCUAGUCUGUAUUACACCCUGUGUGUACUUUUUCAAAGCCUGUUUUCUCAGUUGGCUGAAGUUAGACUCCAUAGAACUAAUUUAAAAAAAA